AUGAGUCGCCGAUACUACAAAGAUUGGGAUACAUUUCCGCCUUCCACUAGUUUUGACACUUCUUCACGUCUUUCCGAAACACCCGGAUCUCUGUGGGUAGGUAAUCUACACCCAAGAGUGACAGAAGCUAAGCUCUCGAAUUUCUUUUCGAAAGCCGGGCAUAUUACCAGUGUUGUCGUCAAACCACAUUCAUCGCAACUAUAUGCAUUUGUGAAUUUUCGUAACCUGACUGACGCAAAAGCUGCUGUAAGACGCUAUUGUGGCAGAGAAUUUAUGGGUAAGAAAAUCGAAGUCAGGCUCCAGGAGAAGAAAGGGUUUUGGUCUUCGCCUCCAGCUGCUCCAUCGGCGUUUGUCCGUGAAACGACCCCAGCACGGCCAGGAGCUAUUUGGAUCGGAUCUCUUGGUAGUGAGACGAACGAGAGAGACAUUGAACAAGCGUUCCGGCAGUACAAACAUCAAAUCAAAUCAAUCACAGUCGAGCGCGAUAUAUACGGAAACUCCAAACAAUUUGGUUUUGUCAACUUUGAUAUGGAAGAGCAUGCAAAAUUGGCAAUAAACGAAAUGGAAGGCGUGGUGAUUAGAGGCAACAGAGUGAAACUGAAUUUGAAAAAAUCUUUAUCUCACUUAUCACCUUUAUCAACUGCAACUGAUUUCGCAGUAUUGAAUUACAAAUGGCACCCAACAGAAGUGAGAGAACGAGAAUGGAAGGUGAAAAAGAUCUUUGAAACCGAUCCUUUAGUAUCGUCAUGUAUCUGGAAGAAGAUCCGUCCUGAAUUGUAUUCUUUUGCUAAGAAAGUGAAUGUCCGUGUUGAGAAAGAGAAAGAUGACCCUAUUGCAAUGAUUGGGUCACAAAAUGGGGUAUCCACAGUUCUUCAGUGGCUCUCUUCGAAAGCUCUAGAAUUGACGCGCAGUUUUACAACAGAAAUGGUACAUUUUGAUUCUGUUGAAGCAGUUGCUUUUCAAAAUUUUGCAGUUGGGUCGAGUAUUAGAAGGUUGGAGAUCAAAAACUGUGUUGAAAUAAAAUGGCCAGAAAGGGGUCUAGUUGCCAAACGUCUAAUUACCAAUGCUGGUCAAGAAAGAGUUUUAGAACUUAGAAUCAAGAACAUGCUGGACACUGAAGUAGAUGCUAUCAUUUGUGCCGCAAACUCUAGUCUCGACACAACAACAGGUUUGGCAAAGAUUUUGUCAAACGCAGGAGGCAUCUCUAUCCGAAGUCAGCUGAAUGAUUACGUUGAAUUGCACGGAAUGGCAGCCGAAGGUAGUUCUGUAGCAAUCGAAGCUGGAGAGUUGAGAUGCGAGUGGCUCGUAUUUGCUGUCGUUCCCAGUUGCGUUGCAUCAACUUUCAACUCUAGGGAUCGUGAGUCGUUUUGGGCUGCCGUCUCAAGCUCAUUGCGUGAAGCAGGGACACGCAACGCGACUACUGUAGCUAUACCUGCCUUAAGGGCUGGUUCAUCUCAAUUGCCAAUUAGGGAAUGCGCAGAAAUUACGAUACGAGCAAGUCAACAAUAUCUCGAGUCUUGCUCUGAUUCUAGUGUGAGUAAGAUCGAGAUUGUUUUGCCUCCUGAUCCUACACUGGUCGAAGAAUUUGAAAAUAAAUUUAGUUCCGACGUUUCCACAAUUGGCAAACUUCCAGACCUGCAGCCACCGGAAAUAUCAUUUUAUUGGUUGUACAAAAACGACAGUGGCGGUUUUACCCAUUAUGAUGAAGCAGCUGCCAGAGCACUAGAAGAACAAUUUCAGGCUAGCGCCAAGACAGCGAUCAUUCAAACUAAAAUGUUUACCUACAAGGUAGAUUUUAGUUCCAUGAUACAAACCAACGCUAGAACGUUCAAAAUGAGGCAAAUUAAACGAAUCGUUGCUACUGACAGUUGCGCGUGGUUGUAUAAAGAAAAUGACGGUAGCCACAAACCGUAUGACAAAUUCUUCUCUUCCGCAAUAGAAACGGCACGCGCUAAGGGGCAGAGCAGAAUUUAUAUAACACCAAAUAAGUACACUUACACGAUUGAUCUGCAGAAAAUGGAACAAACGAACAACUCAACAAAUAUGAAGCGACCAAUAAAAAGACAAGCCGCCUGUGCAAACACGAGUUGUAGCUUUCCAUACUUGGCAAUGUCUUUCGACGUAGAUGUUCGUGGGCAACCAACUGAUGUUGAAUUGGCAGUAUCGGAGUUAACUGUGUUGAUUAGAGAGGCAAUGAAAACAAAAGCGGUACCUAUUCCUAAAAGUUUAACAACCAGCAUUCAAACGAUAAUCAAGCAAUAUGGCGAAGCGUACGGAUUAAGAAUAAAAUUUUCACAAUCACCCGACAGUGGAUCAUCAGUUGCAACAGUUGGAGGGUUUAAGAGUCGUGUAGACAAAUUUGUACAAGACUUGCAAGAUAAAAUUAUUAAACUCCAGGAGUCCUCAACGCAGCCUGAAUGGAAGUCACCUUCUGAAUGGGAGCUACCAGUUGAUCCCAACCAGCCUACUUUAAAAUUGGUCAAUCCUGCAGGAGAAGAAUACAGACGUGUUCUAAACAAAAUGCGUGAAAGUAUGCCCGAGGUUCAAAUUGUCAAACUUGAACGAAUUCAAAAUGUUUGGUUGUGGCGCAAGUAUUGUCAACACAUGGAACGCAUGAAAGAAAAGAGCGAGGACAGUGUCAAAGAGAAGAAUUUGUUUCAUGGAACAAGUUCAACAAAUCCUGACAAAAUCUACUUGAGUGAAGAAGGAUUUGACAUGAGAUUUUGCGCUGGAAGAUGGGGUUGGGGUUGCUACUUUGCAGUGAACGCGAGCUAUUCUGACGGUUUCUGUUACCGAAGUCUUUGGGGAAAACAGAUGUUUCUAGCUAAAGUGCUAACUGGAGAGUCUAUCAAUCAUCCUGGCGAUAAAUCUCUGCGAAUGCCACCAGAGAAAAGAUCUUCCAGCGGUCACACAGUAAGAUACGAUACCGUUACAGGCAUCAGUGUCAGUAGCCGUAUCUACGUCACAUACAAUAAUGACAAAGCAUUUCCAUUCUAUCUCAUUACUUAUCGUUAGUGCAGCACUUUCGUCUGAACUAUAGUCUAAGCACUGCGUUUAUCAGUUUGGUUACGUCAUUUGGUAUUUUAUUCUUCGAGCAUUUGCAGCAGUUGGAACGAAAUUACUUGUUGUUUACCACUGUCAGUACGUUUUAAUGUCUGCUCAUAAAUUCAGAAUUGUUGUCUAGCCUAAACCUACGACAGGAUUUGAGUAUUAUAUACAUG